AGUACUUGCCUCAGCAAACAACUGGAAAGCCAAAGACCUAGAGCGAGAGUGUGCGUGCGUGCAUCUCUCUCUCUCUCUCUCUCUCUCUCUCUCUCUCACUCACUCACUCACUCACUCUCAAGCGUUCACCCGGACAGAUUCUUCUCCUCUCUCCAGUGGAUACUGCGGGGAACACACGGAUUGCUUAUAGGAUGGAUUGCUGAAACUCCUUUCGCGAGAUUACCCAUUUAUUUCCUUUCAUUUCUCUCCCGUCACACUAUCUCGUCUCCAUCCAUCCAUGAGUCCAGACGGGUUCUGAUUCGGACAGAAUGCGGAUCCUGGUGCUGAUCCCGCUGCUGUGGGGACUCAGUGAAGGGGCUUUUCCCAGCAGUGUUCAAAUCGGUGGGCUGUUUAUAAGAAACACUGAUCAAGAAUAUACAGCUUUCCGGUUGGCCAUAUUUCUCCACAAUACGAGUCCGAAUGCCACGGAGGCCCCAUUCAAUCUGGUUCCACACGUCGACAACAUCGAGACGGCCAACAGCUUUGCUGUCACCAAUGCCUUUUGUUCGCAGUACUCACGAGGAGUGUUUGCGAUCUUCGGCCUGUAUGAUAAGCGUUCGGUGCACACUCUGACGUCGUUCUGCAGCGCGCUGCACAUCUCUCUGGUGACGCCCAGUUUCCCGGCCGAGGGCGAGACGCAGUUCGUGCUUCAGCUGCGUCCAUCGAUCCGCGGCGCGUUACUGAGCCUCCUGGACCAUUACGACUGGAGCCGCUUCAUCUUCCUGUACGACACAGACAGAGGAUAUGCCAUCCUGCAGGCCAUCAUGGAGAAGGCGGGUCAGAACGGUUGGCAGGUCAGUGCCAUCUGCGUGGAGAACUUCAACGACGCCAGUUACCGAAGACUGCUGGAAGACCUGGACCGAAGACAGGAGAAGAAGUUCGUCAUCGACCUCGAGGCAGAACGACUCCAGAACAUUCUGGAACAGAUUGUCAGCGUGGGCAAACAUGUGAAAGGAUACCACUACAUCAUCGCUAACCUGGGAUUUAAAGACAUUUCUCUUGAGAGGUUUAUGCACGGCGGGGCAAACGUCACUGGUUUCCAGUUGGUGGAUUUCAGCAAGCCGAUGGUGAUCAAACUAAUGCAGCGCUGGAACAAACUAGAUCAGAGGGAGUAUCCAGGAUCCGAGAGCCCACCCAGGUACUCAUCAUCACUGACGUACGAUGGUGUGCUAGUGAUGGCGGAGGCAUUUCGGAAUCUGCGCAGACAGAAGAUCGACAUCUCUCGCAGAGGCAAUGCUGGAGACUGUCUGGCCAACCCAGCUGCUCCUUGGAAUCAGGGCAUCGACAUGGAACGGACUCUGAAACAGGUGAGAAUCCAGGGUCUCACUGGGAAUAUCCAGUUUGAUCAUUAUGGACGCAGAGUCAACUACACCAUGGACGUCUUUGAGCUAAAGAGUAACGGCCCCCGCAAGAUCGGUUACUGGAACGAUCUGGAUAAAUUGGUUCUGGUCCAGAAUGAGCUCUCCAUGGGAAAUGACUCUGCUAUGGAGAACAGAACAGUUAUCGUCACAACUAUAAUGGAAGGACCGUACGUCAUGCUGAAAAAGAACUGGGAGAUGUAUGAAGGAAAUGACCAGUUUGAAGGAUACUGUGUGGAUCUGGCGUCUGAGAUUGCCAAGCACAUCGGCAUCAGAUACAAGAUCUCCAUCGUUCCUGACGGGAAAUACGGAGCCAGAGAUCCGGAGACGAAGAUCUGGAACGGCAUGGUUGGGGAGCUGGUGUACGGGAAAGCGGAAAUCGCUGUGGCCCCUUUAACCAUCACUCUGGUCCGGGAGGAGGUGAUCGACUUCUCCAAGCCUUUCAUGAGUCUGGGCAUCUCCAUCAUGAUCAAGAAGCCUCAGAAGUCCAAACCGGGCGUCUUCUCCUUCCUGGACCCGCUGGCCUACGAGAUCUGGAUGUGCAUCGUGUUCGCCUACAUCGGCGUGAGCGUGGUGCUCUUCCUGGUCAGCCGCUUCAGCCCGUACGAGUGGCACACCGAGGAGCCCGAGGACGGCUCCGACGGUCCGCCCAGCGACCAGCCCCCAAACGAGUUCGGCAUCUUCAACAGUCUCUGGUUCUCUCUGGGCGCCUUCAUGCAGCAGGGCUGCGACUUCACACCCAGGUCUCUGUCUGGUCGCAUAGUCGGAGGCGUUUGGUGGUUCUUCACUCUCAUCAUCAUUUCCUCCUACACGGCAAACCUGGCCGCUUUCCUCACCGUGGAGAGAAUGGUGUCCCCUAUCGAGAGCGCAGAAGACCUCGCCAAACAGACAGAAAUCGCCUACGGGACGCUUGAUUCCGGCUCCACCAAAGAGUUCUUCAGGAGGUCAAAGAUCGCAGUGUACGAAAAAAUGUGGAGCUACAUGAAGUCGGCCGAGCCCACGGUCUUCACCAAGACGACAAACGAGGGCGUGGCUCGCGUGCGCAAGUCCAAAGGGAAAUACGCCUUCCUGCUGGAGUCCACCAUGAACGAGUACACGGAGCAGCGCAAGCCCUGCGACACCAUGAAGGUCGGAGGGAAUCUGGACUCCAAGGGCUACGGGGUGGCCACGCCCAAAGGAUCGCAGCUAAGAAAUGCCGUAAACCUGGCCGUGUUAAAGCUGAAUGAGCAGGGGCUGUUGGACAAAUUGAAAAAUAAAUGGUGGUACGACAAGGGCGAAUGUGGCAGCGGGGGCGGGGACUCGAAGAACGCCGGUAAACCUGGCAGUGUUGAAACUGAGUGAAGCAGGAGUGCUAGACAAACUCAAAAAUAAAUGGUGGUACGAUAAGGGCGAGUGCGGACCCAAGGACUCGGGAAGUAAGGUCAGUUUCCAGACGGAAAACCACAAGCAAACCUGAAAACCGCAGCUCUGAAAAACACAAAUACUCUCAUGGAAUCAAAGUGAAUUGUUUACAGAAAGAAAAAAAGAUGACAACAGUCUUAAAAUAUCGCUGUCAUCAUCAUACAGAUUUUUAAAGAUUUUCUUAACUCAGGAAAAGUAAAGUAGAGCUAUUAGAAUGCAACAUUGUGACAUCACAAUACAAGAAUGCUGCACCAUGAUGUCAUGAUUACAGUAAGAUCCUUUCAUGACUUCAUAAUAGUGUUGAUUAUUUGUAGAAUGCAGCUUUUAUGGAGAGAAUAUUGCACUAUUAGAAAGACUACAGUGCCAUAAUAUUCACUUGUUCACUCGGAUAACUUCAGGGGUGUCGGUAGAAACACAUUAUGGCUGUAAAACAUUUCAUAAAGCAAUUUCAUGCCAUUUUAGAGAGAGCCAGAUUCUAUUAAAUGAUGUUUUAAAAAUAUCAUGAAACUAAACCAUUUGCUUAAUAAUUUAAUAAUUUCAAUCAUUUAUAUAAUAAUUAAUAUUAUUAAAUUAUUAAUUAAAUACUUUCCCCAGUUUCAUAGAUUUUUGUAAUUUAAAUGCAUUUUAAACAUUUGAAUAGAAGUAUACAGAAAUACAUAUAAGUUACAUUUAUUAUUUUUCCCCCUCCAAAUUCUUAAGGUCAAAAGAAUUCAUGGUUGUAAAAGAUUUCAUACAGCUAUUUUUAACUCAUAGAGCGCAAAUUUCUAUAAAAAUAAGGAUUUUUUAUAUUAUAAAUAUUUUAAGUAAACAAUUUUGAUAGUUUUUAAAUAAUUAUUUCAAUACAAAUAAAAUACAGUAAUUUAGUAAGGUACGAGGUGCCUUUUUUCGAAUACUGAUCCAGAUCGACCAAAAGAUAAAAGAAAUAUGAAAUAUAUAUGUAUAUUAUUUUAAUAAAAAUUUACAAAAUGUGUUUACAAUGCAUGGAUCAAAAUAGAAAAACAUGUUUAAUUUAUUUAAUAAUUAUUUAAAUAACAACUUAUUCCUUAAUACUUAAAAUGCACAAAUUAUCUUGUGCAUAAAAAUGAAAUAAUUUACAUUAAUGAAAUAUUUUCACAGUUUGAUAUAUUCACUUGCAUGCAUUUUUAAAAAAAAAAGUAAUAUAAGACGAUAUACUGUGUAAAAAAGACGAUUACUUACUUUUUUCGUCAAAACAUGAGAAAUGUUUAAUUAUUAUUUUAAUGCACGAUUUUUUAGAUAAUUAAAUAAUUUGCUGCAACUAAAUAUUUUUCAUAGUUUGAUAUAUUAAAUGCAUUUUAAGCAUAUUUUUAGAAGUGUAAAGAAUUUAACUAUACAGUCAUUUAGAGAUCACAGAGCAAACUAAGCUAAACUUAUAAUUUCAUUUUAAAUCGUAGCUCUUCUGUUCAUGUUUGAAAUCUAAAUGACACUGGAUUUCAUUCUGUCUGUAACAGAACAAUGCAAUGCUGUUAAAUCCAUGGCACCAGUGAUUCAAGCUGAUUGCAUUAUAUUAUGAACUGUAAUUGAAUAUCUGUCAUGUGUAAAUGUGCCACUUCCUGCCUCUCUAACGCUCUCUUUUCUCCCUCGAAUCCCUCUCGCCUCCAGGACAAGAGCUCGCAGGCGCUGAGCUUGAGCAACGUGGCGGGGGUUUUCUACAUCCUGGUGGGCGGCCUGGGUCUGGCCAUGCUGGUGGCCCUGGUCGAGUUUUGCUAUAAGUCCCGCGCCGAGGCCAAGAAAC